AUGGGAAAGGAAAAGACUCACGUUAACGUUGUCGUCAUCGGUCACGUCGAUUCUGGUAAAUCUACUACCACUGGUCACUUGAUCUACAAGUGCGGUGGUAUCGACAAGCGUACUAUCGAAAAGUUCGAAAAGGAAGCUGCUGAGCUCGGCAAGGGUUCCUUCAAAUAUGCAUGGGUGCUCGACAAGCUAAAGGCUGAGCGUGAGCGUGGUAUCACGAUCGACAUUGCUCUGUGGAAGUUCGAGACCCCCAAGUACAUGGUUACCGUCAUUGAUGCCCCAGGACACCGUGAUUUUAUCAAGAACAUGAUUACUGGUACCUCCCAGGCUGACUGUGCUAUCCUCAUCAUUGCCGGUGGUACUGGUGAGUUCGAGGCUGGUAUUUCCAAGGACGGUCAGACCCGUGAGCACGCCCUCUUGGCGUUCACCCUUGGUGUGCGUCAGCUUAUUGUUGCCGUCAACAAGAUGGACACGACUAAGUGGAGCGAGGACCGUUUCAACGAAAUUAUCAAGGAAACUUCCACCUUCAUCAAGAAAGUCGGCUACAACCCCAAGGCCGUUGCAUUCGUCCCCAUCUCUGGCUGGCACGGUGACAACAUGUUGGAGGAGUCCCCUAACAUGCCAUGGUACAAGGGCUGGACCAAGGAGACCAAGGGUGGUGUUGUUAAGGGAAAGACCCUCCUCGACGCUAUCGAUGCCAUCGAACCUCCCGUCCGUCCUUCUGACAAGCCCCUCCGUCUUCCCCUCCAGGAUGUUUACAAGAUCGGUGGUAUUGGCACUGUGCCCGUGGGUCGUGUCGAGACUGGUGUCAUCAAGGCUGGCAUGGUCGUCACCUUUGCUCCUACGAACGUGACCACUGAAGUCAAGUCCGUUGAAAUGCACCACGAGCAACUUGUUGAGGGUCUUCCCGGAGACAACGUCGGUUUCAACGUCAAAAACGUUUCGGUCAAGGAUAUCCGUCGUGGCAACGUUGCUUCUGACUCCAAGAACGACCCUGCCAAGGAAGCUGCUUCUUUCAAUGCUCAGGUCAUCGUCCUCAACCACCCUGGUCAGAUCGGUGCUGGCUACGCUCCAGUGCUUGACUGUCACACCGCCCACAUUGCUUGCAAGUUCGCCGAGUUGAUUGAGAAGAUCGACCGUCGGAGUGGAAAGUCCCUCGAGGCUGCCCCCAAGUUCGUCAAGUCUGGUGAUGCUUGCAUUGUCAAGCUUGUUCCCUCUAAGCCCAUGUGUGUCGAAUCCUACAACGAAUACCCACCCCUGGGUCGUUUCGCUGUCCGUGACAUGAGACAGACUGUUGCUGUCGGUGUCAUCAAGUCGGUCGAUAAGACUGACAAGUCCGGCGGAAAGGUGACGAAGUCUGCGGAGAAGGCCACCAAGAAGAAGUAA